AUGGCGGACCAGGAGGCCCACGAGGCGGCUCUGGAGGAGAAGGCUCGCAAGUGGCAGCAGCUGAACGCGAAGCGCUAUGGAAUCUCGCGCAAGUUCGGCUACGUGGAGCCGGAGAAGCAGGAGAUGCCUCCGGAGCACGUGCGCAAGAUCAUCAAGGACCACGGCGACAUGUCCUCGCGCAAGUUCCGCCACGACAAGCGGGUGUACCUCGGAGCUCUCAAAUUCGUCCCUCACGCGGUGUUCAAGCUACUGGAGAACAUGCCGAUGCCGUGGGAGCAGGUUCGCCACUGCAAGGUGAUCUACCACGUCACCGGCGCGAUCACCUUCAUCAACGAGACUCCGAAGGUGAUCGAGCCCGUGUACGUGGCGCAGUGGGCGACGAUGUGGAUCAUGAUGCGCCGAGAGAAGCGCGAUCGUCGGCACUUCAAGCGCAUGCGGUUUCCCCCAUUCGACGACGAGGAGCCGCCCUUGGACUACGCCGAUAACCUCCUGGACGUGGAUCCGCUGGAGGCGAUCGAGCUCGAGCUGGACGAGGACGAGGACAGCGCGGUGUACGAAUGGUUCUACGAUCACAUGCCGCUCAAACACACAAAGUUCAUCAACGGAGACUCGUACCGCAAGUGGCAGGUACCCUUGCCCAUCAUGGCGACGCUGUACCGGCUCGCCGGUCAGCUGCUGUCGGACCUCACGGACAAGAACUACUUCUACCUCUUCGAGCAGAAGUCGUUCUUCACCGCCAAGGCGCUGAACAUGUGCAUCCCCGGCGGGCCAAAGUUUGAACCCCUCUACCGCGACAUGGACAAGGCUGACGAGGACUGGAACGAGUUCAACGACAUCAACAAGCUGAUCAUCCGAUCCGCGCUGCGCACCGAGUACAAGGUGGCUUUCCCGUACCUGUACAACAACCGCCCGAGGAAGGUGGCGGUGCCGCCGUACCACACUCCGAUGGUGAUGUACAUCAAGACGGAGGAUCCGGAUUUGCCGGCGUACUACUACGACCCGCUCAUUCACCCCAUCGCCUCUUACAGGAGCGAAGGGAGCGCGGCGGCGAGGUACGCGGAUCGCGUGGAGGAGGACGAGGAGGACGAUUUCGAGUUACCGGAGGAGGCGGAGGGGCCGCUGCUCGCGAACGCGCCGUUGUACACGGACAACACCAUGAACGGCAUCGCCCUCUGUUUCGCGCCCAGGCCGUUUCACAUGAAGUCGGGGCGAAUGCGGAGGACGAUCGACGUGCCGCUGGUGAACGGGUGGUUCCACGAGCACUGCCCGAGCGGAUACCCGGUGAAGGUGCGGGUGUCCUACCAGAAGUUGCUCAAGUGCUACGUGCUGAACCAGCUGCACAAGAAGCCCCCCAAGGGCUUGAAGCGAAAGAACCUGUUCAAGGCGCUCAAGAAGACAAAGUUCUUCCAGUGCACGGAGCUCGACUGGGUGGAGGCGGGGCUGCAGGUGUGCAGGCAGGGAUACAACAUGCUCAACCUUCUGAUCCACCGCAAGAACCUCAACUACCUCCACCUGGACUACAACUUCAACCUGAAGCCGGUGAAGACGCUGACGACCAAGGAGAGGAAAAAGUCGCGGUUCGGCAACGCGUUUCACCUGUGCAGAGAGAUCCUGCGUCUGACCAAGCUGGUGGUGGACGCGCACGUGCAGUUCCGACUGGGCAACGUGGACGCGUUCCAGCUCGCGGACGGCCUUCAGUACAUCUUCUCGCACGUCGGUCAGCUCACCGGCAUGUACCGAUACAAGUACAGACUCAUGCGGCAGAUUCGCAUGUGCAAGGACCUCAAGCACCUCAUCUACUACAGGUUCAACACCGGUCCCGUCGGCAAGGGCCCGGGCGUGGGCUUCUGGGCGCCCAUGUGGCGGGUGUGGCUCUUCUUCCUCCGCGGCAUCGUCCCCUUGCUCGAGCGUUGGCUGGGUAACCUCCUCGCGAGGCAGUUUGAGGGCCGCCACUCGAAGGGCGUGGCAAAGACGGUGACGAAGCAGAGGAUCGAGUCGCACUUCGACCUCGAGCUCCGCGCGGCGGUGAUGCACGACAUCCUGGACAUGAUGCCCGAGGGCAUCAAGGCGAACAAGGCGAAGACCAUCCUGCAGCAUCUUUCCGAGGCGUGGCGGUGCUGGAAGGCUAACAUACCGUGGAAGGUCCCGGGGCUGCCCGCGCCCAUCGAGAACAUGAUCCUCCGUUACGUCAAGUCCAAGGCUGACUGGUGGACCAACGUGGCGCACUACAACCGCGAGCGCAUUCGCCGCGGCGCCACCGUGGACAAGACGGUGUGCCGCAAGAACCUGGGGCGGCUCACGCGACUGUGGCUCAAGGCUGAGCAGGAGAGGCAGCACAACUACCUGAAGGAUGGCCCCUACGUCACACCCGAGGAGGCUGUGGCCAUCUACACAACCACCGUGCACUGGCUCGAGUCGCGCAAGUUCUCUCCGAUUCCCUUCCCCCCGCUGUCCUACAAGCACGACAGGAAGCUUCUCAUCUUGGCGCUGGAGCGGCUCAAGGAGAACUACUCCGUCUCUGCGCGUCUCAACCAGUCGCAGCGCGAGGAGCUCGGUCUGAUUGAGCAGGCUUUCGAUAACCCGCACGAGGCGCUGUCGCGGAUCAAGCGACACCUUCUCACGCAGAGGGCGUUCAAGGAGGUUGGCAUCGAGUUCAUGGACCUCUACUCGCACCUCAUACCCGUGUACGAGGUUGAACCGCUGGAGAAGAUCACGGAUUCCUACCUUGACCAGUACAUAUGGUACGAGUCCGACAAGAGGCAUCUGUUCCCCAACUGGAUCAAGCCCGCGGACACUGAGCCGCCGCCGCUGCUGGUGUACAAGUGGUGCCAGGGUAUCAACAACCUCACCGACGUGUGGGACACCAACGACGGCGAGUGCGUCGUCAUGCUCCAGACCAAAUUUGAGAAGAUGUUCGAGAAGAUUGACCUCACCAUGCUCAACCGCCUGCUCCGCCUCAUCGUCGACCACAACAUCGCGGAUUACGUCACGGCGAAGAACAACGUGGUCAUCUCGUACAAGGACAUGUCCCACACCAACUCCUACGGCCUCAUCCGCGGCUUGCAGUUCGCGUCGUUUGUGUCCCAGUACUACGGACUCGUGCUGGAUCUGCUGGUUCUCGGUCUGACCCGCGCGAGCGAGAUUGCCGGUCCCCCGCAGAUGCCCAACGAGUUCAUCUCCUACCGCGACGUCCGCACGGAGACCCGGCACCCCAUCCGCCUCUACAGCAGGUACAUCGACAAGAUCCACAUGCUCUUCAGGUUCACGGCGGAGGAGGCGAAGGACCUCAUCCAGCGGUACCUCACCGAGCACCCCGAUCCCAACAACGAGAACAUGGUCGGUUACAACAACAAGAAGUGCUGGCCGAGGGACGCGCGCAUGCGACUGAUGAAGCACGACGUCAACCUCGGCCGCGCGGUUUUCUGGGACAUAAAGAACCGCCUGCCCCGGUCCAUCACCACGCUCGAGUGGGACAACGGAUUCGUGUCCGUGUAUUCGCGGGAUAACCCGAACCUGCUGUUCAACAUGUGCGGUUUCGAGGUUCGCAUCAUGCCCAAGGCUAGGAUGGCGACCGAGUACUUUGCGCAAAAGGACGGGGUCUGGAACCUGCAGAACGAGCAGACCAAGGAGAGAACCGCUCAGGCGUUUUUGAGGGUUGAUGACGAGGCGCUGAAGCAGUUUGAGAACAGGGUGCGGCAGGUGCUGAUGUCGUCGGGCGCGACGACAUUCACCAAGAUUGUGAACAAGUGGAACACGGCGCUCAUCGGGCUGAUGACCUACUACAGGGAGGCGACAGUGCACACGCAAGAGCUGCUUGACCUGCUGGUCAAGUGCGAGAACAAAAUUCAGACCCGCAUCAAGAUUGGCCUCAACUCCAAGAUGCCCAGCCGAUUUCCCCCAGUCGUCUUCUACACACCCAAGGAAAUUGGCGGCCUCGGCAUGCUCUCGAUGGGCCAUAUCCUCAUCCCCCAGUCGGAUCUCAAGUACAGCGUCCAGACGGACACCGGCGUCACCCACUUCCGGUCGGGCAUGUCCCACGAGGAGGACCAGCUCAUCCCCAACCUCUACCGUUACAUCCAACCCUGGGAGGCUGAGUUCAACGACUCACAGCGGGUGUGGGCAGAAUAUGCCCUCAAGAGGCAGGAGGCUCAGGCGCAGAACCGGCGGUUGACCCUGGAGGACCUGGAGGACUCCUGGGACCGCGGCAUCCCACGCAUCAACACUCUGUUCCAGAAGGAUCGGCACACGCUCGCGUACGAUAAGGGCUGGCGCGUCAGGACGCAUUUCAAGGAGCACUGCCUGCUCCGGCUCAAUCCGUUCUGGUGGACGCACCAGCGGCACGAUGGAAAGCUGUGGAACCUCAACAACUACCGCACCGACGUGAUCCAGGCGCUCGGCGGCGUGGAGGGUAUCCUGGAGCACACGCUGUUCAAGGGGACGUACUUCCCCACGUGGGAGGGUCUCUUCUGGGAGAAGGCUUCGGGCUUUGAGGAAUCGAUGAAGUACAAGAAACUGACCAACGCGCAGAGGUCCGGUCUGAACCAGAUCCCCAACCGUCGGUUCACCCUCUGGUGGUCGCCCACGAUCAACCGCGCCAACGUCUACGUUGGCUUCCAGGUGCAGCUCGACCUCACCGGCAUCUUCAUGCACGGCAAGAUUCCCACGCUGAAGAUCUCGCUGAUCCAGAUCUUCCGCGCACAUCUCUGGCAGAAGAUCCACGAAUCGAUCACCAUGGAUCUUUGCCAGGUUUUCGACCAGGAGCUCGACGCGCUGGAGAUUGAGACGGUUCAGAAGGAGACGAUCCACCCGAGGAAAUCUUACAAGAUGAACUCAUCCUGCGCCGACAUCCUCCUGUUUGCCGCGUACAAGUGGCCGAUAUCCAAGCCCUCGCUGAUGGGCGACGCCAAGGACGCCUUCGACCAGAAGUCUUCCAACAAGUUCUGGAUCGACGUCCAGCUGCGAUGGGGAGAUUUCGACUCGCACGACAUCGAGCGGUACACCCGAGCCAAGUUCCUCGACUACACCACGGACAACAUGUCGAUUUACCCAUCCCCGACCGGCGUGAUGAUCGGCAUCGACUUGGCUUAUAACUUACACGCGGCGUACGGUAACUGGUUCCCCGGGUGCAAGCCCCUGAUCCAACAGGCGAUGGCCAAGAUCAUGAAGGCGAAUCCCGCGCUCUACGUCCUCCGCGAGCGCGUUCGUAAGGGUCUGCAGCUGUACUCCUCGGAGCCCACGGAGCCGUACCUCAACUCGCAAAAUUACGGCGAGCUGUUCAGCAACCAGACAAUCUGGUUCGUCGACGACACCAACGUGUAUCGCGUGACGAUCCACAAGACGUUCGAGGGUAACCUGACGACCAAGCCCAUCAACGGCGCCAUCUUCAUCUUCAACCCGCGCACCGGCCAGCUCUUCCUGAAGGUUAUCCACACGAGCGUGUGGGCCGGACAGAAGCGCCUCGGGCAGCUCGCCAAGUGGAAGACGGCGGAGGAGGUCGCCGCGCUGGUGCGUUCGCUGCCCGUCGAGGAGCAGCCCAAGCAGAUCAUCGUCACCCGCAAGGGCAUGUUGGAUCCGCUCGAGGUUCACCUGUUGGACUUCCCCAACAUUGUCAUCAAGGGUUCCGAACUUCAGAUGCCGUUCCAGGCGUGCAUGAAGAUUGAAAAGUUUGGAGAUUUGAUCCUCAAGGCGACGGAGCCGCAGAUGGUCCUGUUCAACAUCUACGACGACUGGCUCAAGACCAUCAGCUCGUACACCGCCUUCUCCAGGCUCAUUCUCAUCCUCCGGGCGCUCCACGUCAACAACGACAAGGCUAAGAUGCUUCUGAAACCCGACAGGACGAUUAUAACCCAACCGCACCACGUCUGGCCGGAUCUCAGCGACGAGCAGUGGAUCAAGGUCGAGAUCGCCCUCAAGGACCUCAUCCUCGGGGAUUACGCGAAGAAGAAUAACGUGAACGUCUCCGCCCUCACGCAAUCGGAGAUCAGGGACAUCAUCCUCGGCGCCGAGAUCACCCCUCCGUCGCUGCAGCGGCAGCAGAUUGCGGAGAUUGAGAAGCAAGGCGCCGACGGUGCGGCGCUCACCGCGGUGACGACCAAGACGACCAACGUGCACGGCGACGAGCUCAUCGUCACCACGACGUCGCCGUACGAGCAGGCCACCUUCGGCAGCAAGACGGACUGGCGCGUGCGGGCCAUCAGCGCGUCCAACCUGCACCUGCGCGUGAACCACAUCUACGUCAACUCGGACGACAUCAAGGAGACUGGGUACACGUACAUCCUGCCCAAGAACGUCCUGAAGAAGUUCAUCACCAUAGCGGACCUUCGGACGCAUAUCGCCGGGUACAUGUACGGCGUGUCGCCGCCCGAUAACCCCCAGGUGAAGGAGAUUCGGUGCAUCGUCAUGCCGCCGCAGUGGGGCAACCACUCGCAGGUGAACCUUCCCGCCGCGCUUCCCGAGCACGACUACCUGGAAGACCUGGAGCCCCUCGGCUGGCUCCACACCCAGCCCAACGAGACCCCGCAGCUCCCGCCGCAGGACGUCUGCGCGCACGCCAAGAUUUUGGAGUCGAACAAGGCGUGGGACGGCGAAAAGUGCAUCGUCCUCACGUGCUCGUUCACACCGGGUUCGUGCUCGCUGACGGCGUACAAACUCACGCCCACCGGAUACGAGUGGGGCCGCGCCAACAAGGACACCAACUCGGCCAACCCGCAGGGAUACUCCCCGGGCCAUUACGAGAAGGUCCAGAUGCUGCUGUCGGACAGAUUCCUGGGAUAUUACAUGGUUCCCGACGGCGGGUCGUGGAACUAUAACUUCCAGGGCGUCAAGCACUCGCCGGGGAUGAAGUACGCGUUGAAGUUGGCAAACCCGAAGGAGUUUUACCACGAGGCGCACAGGCCGACGCACUUUUUGGAGUUUUCUGGGAUGGAAGCCGGCGCUGAGGGUGCCGACGCCAAGGCUAUAGAGGGGGGGGAGACCGCGGAGGGUGUCGACCGCGAAGACCUCUUCGUGUGAGAUUAAAUUUUGGUCGAGGUGAACCCGCGGGGCGGGCGAACCGGGCCUCACUUUUAGACGUAAGUAACGAGUGUUUUCAAUAGAGCUAGAGCAAGCG